CGAUAGUUUAAUGCUGGCCAGCUGGAAGCUUGUUGCUCCAGAGCACAUACACAACAAACCCUCAGACUGUGGGGAACGUCAGGUGUACCACCUGUGAAGGAGGAUGGAGGAGCUGCGAAGGUGGUGGAGCAGGUUGAUUCACGAGCCCUGGAGGGUCACUUUUCCUCUUCGCCAGACUUCAUUGGAUGCAAGAGGGCCGUAGCAGUUCAACCUGUCAGAGGACGUUCUCCAGAGGAUGAGAGGAGUGGCUAACAUUCCUCCAGAAUCCUCCUCUUCAGCCACAAGUCCUCAGAAAGAAAAAGGUGCCUCUCGCAGUGCCAGCUCAGCCUCUCAGGCCCAGCAGAGCCCCCCUCACCGGGCCCCGCCCAGCAGCAAGUCCGGGAAGACAUUCGCUAAAGAUGAACAGAGAAGGUAUGAGCGGCAGCAGACGAUACUGAAGGAUGAACUGGCCAAGAUGGCAGAAAGAGAGAGGGAGGCAGCGAGAGAGGAGCUGGUUAAAACCAUGAGCCGAGAACGACAACAAGCACGAAAGGAAGCAGAGAAGGCCAAAGAAUUGUCUGCAGAUGAGAUGGAGGCCAUGGCUCAGCAGCUUCAGAAGAAAGACUCGCAGCUGAAAGCGCUGGAUGCCUUCUACAAGGAGCAGCUGGCUCAGCUGGAGCAGAGGAAUUUUGAGAGAUUCAAGGAGAGUAAAGAUCAAUUCCACCAAGCCGCCUCCGUGACAGAAGCAAGCUUCAGAUCUCGUAACACGGCUCCUGUGUGUCCUGGCCUGCAGGCGCAGAUUUUAUCCUGCUACAAGGACAACAAAGACCAGACCUUAAACUGUUCAGACUUGGUUAAAGAAUACAUGCAGUGUAUAAAUGAUGCAAAGAAGAACCUGCUGGUCAACCAUGGAUGAAGAGUGGGAGAAAGAAGAAGAAGAAAAGUUGUAUUCCAUGGAGACUUUUUCAUUAGCCACUAUGAGUAGCGUUCGCUUUGCUCCUGCUUGGACUAAGAAGAGAGAUGAUUUGCUUUUAGCAUGCCUUGUCCAUAAACUUUUAUUAUGCUAUUUAUCUACAGUAUCAUGUGUUUCAGCACUGCACUUCUCUGCUGCAGGGAAGCUUUAAAAUGAUGGUGUGUGUUUGCUUGGUGGUGCAGGGAUACGUUCAGGGUCACUCCUCCAUCUGCCAAAGCGAGGAGUCAGUUCAUGUCCAAACCUCUGCUGCUUCUGAAGUCAUGAAAGGAACAAGGAAAAAAAAUCAGAUGUGUUCGCUGAAUGCAGUGUGUAGGAAUCAUGUUUUGAGCUUGAUCUGAGAAAAGAGAGGAUUUUUGCUUUCGAGUUUCAUGGUUUUGUAUUGUUCCAAAAACAUGGGAGAACGCUCAGGUAAUCCUGGAAUCAACUUUAACGUGUCAUACGUGUCUGAAUAAACGAGCUUAUUAAACCGUUCAUAUCAUU